CUGGGCUGGGCUGCACUGGAGCAGAGCAGCCGUGGCAGGAGGGCACACGGAGCAUGCUGGGCUGAGCCCUGGAGCUGGCGUGGAGCAGCGAGGGAUGGACCUGGAAGGUGUGACUGAUUUCAAAGCCCUCCGAGCAAAAUUUCAGAAUGGCUCCAACUCGACCAACAAGCCGGGGCACAAACAUCCCAUGGAGAUCAACCCCAAACCUGGCUCUGCAGGGAACACCACCUCCAGCCCUCUGCCCCUGCCUAGGAGAGAGGUGAAAGUGUCCAAGCCAGCCCAUCCCACCUCCCAAGCCCCUGUGCUCACCAAGCACAGCCCCUUGGCACAGCCUCGAGGUGACAGGGAGCCCAUGGGACACAACCGAGAGCACACGGGCAGCACCUCGGAGAAAGGGCUCAGUUCUCCCAAGAGCAGCUCAGAAAAGCCUCUGCUCUCCUGUACCACUGACCAGCAAGGAUCAAGCCAAACAACUCCAGAGGACCCUCAGCUCCCAGAUUCUUUCCAGCAUGUCCUCCAGAUCUGGGAAGAGACUUUAUCCCGCAAGGAGGAAAAGAGUCCAAGGGUCCCAACCCAGCGGGCGGCCAGCUCAGCUCCUGCUGCUUCAGGCAGUGCCAGGAUGUCACCCUCUGGAGGCUCCCCUGUCCUGGACUGGCGUGCCCAGAGGAAGGAUGCUCUGCAUGGCAGAGGGAUAGCCCUUCCUCAGGCUCCCAGAGGACACAGGAGCUCUGAUGGAGCAGGUGCUGAGGGUGUGGUGGCAUCUGCGUUCUGCCAGUCGGGUUAUGGUGCACCCAGAGAGCCACCUCAGCUCCAGAAAGAAUUGGAGCCUCCCUUCUGCCAGGCUGGAGCAGGAAAAUGGUCUUACAGCCCUGGGAGCAAGUGGCCAAGGAUUAAACCUCUGCCUUCAGCUGAAUCCCUGGGUCCUGCCCCUGGGAAGCCUCCAAGACCCCCAAAGGUUGAUCUCAGUGCUUUCCAGAGCACCAUGCCUUUGGUCCACAGAGGAAAUGAAACAACUGCUGGAGAAGAGGAUUACCUGACCCCUGAAAGUGCUCAACUUGAAGAGCAGAAUAAUUAUGAAGAAGCCCCGAUGUACCUGAACCAGUCUGGGGACACCACAACCUUGUGUGUCAUUGAAGCCCCUAAGGCAGAGCCUCAAAAACACAAGAAACAGAAGAUUUUUCCCUUUGCCAAAUCCAGUCCAGAAAGAGCUCUAGCAGAGGAUGAAAAAGAGGGAAAACCAAGUCAUGAAAGAGCAAAACUGGAGGAGAACAAAAUGUUCGAGACAGGUGGAAAUGAGUACAUGUCUCCCACCAGCCAGGCCAAGGCAGAUGGCAGAGGUGGGCUGAAGGUUCUGCAAGGGAAGCAGGAUGUGACCAGUCCCCAAAAUGCAACACAUCCAACCCCACCAGGGCUGGCAAAAGACAGAGCAGAGCACUGGCACAGCAUGGGUCUUGGUGCUCCAAAGCCAGAAGGAACAGCCUUGGGCCAAACCCCUGGGCAGCCUCUGCAGGCACCAGAGGACAUCUAUGAUGAUGUUGAGGAGCUGCAGGACAGACUCAGUUCAGAUGCCUCCAGUUCCUUCACUUCAGACAGCAUUUCAGGAAACAGCUACGAGGAAACAUAUGAAGAUGUUGAGAUUGGGGGUGAUAACCCAGGAAAACCAGAAGCAGGAAAACAAAACAGAUUUGGAAACCUGUUUAAGAUAGAAAAGUUGAAGCUGAACAAUUUCAGGCUCAAGGACACCCUAAGACUGGUUUCCAUUUCAGUACCAAAUUUAGCAGCUGUGUCCCAGGAGGACAACGUGUAUGAUGAUGUUGAGGCGGGGCAGAGAGAAACCAGAGGGAAGGAUGACAAGCACAGAGUCCGGAUGCCAAAACUUCGGGUGGCGAAAGAGUACAAGGACAAGAGGAAAAGCGUCGACGACGUGGAAAGAAAUAUCUUCAAAUUCAAGAAAAGCAGUGAAGAAAAGAGCAAGAAGAUGGACAAAGAAGAGAAGCUCUUUAGAGAGACAUUUAUGUACCAGGAGGAGGAGAUCCGCGUCCUCGCCAGGGCCCGCGCCGCGCGCUCGGUGCGCAGCCAGCGCCGCGCCGACCUGCCGCUCACAGCUGGGGAACAGCUGGAUGUCAUCGACACGCACGGCAUGGCCCACGUCACGCAGGGCCACGCCGUCAUCUGCCGCAACGCCCAGGGCAGAUGUGAGUCUGCAGCCCGGCCCUGGGUGACAAACCACCUCCCACACCACGGCACGUCCUUCGCGCUCGGCCACCUUCGGCCCGCGCUGGGAGUUUUCCUAAUUCCCUUCCUCUUUCCUCCUCCCUCAGAUGGGUACGUUCUGGUGGAGCACUUGAACUUCAGACAGACAGUACUAACUGCCCUGAGAGCUGCUCUCCCCUGGAACAUCCCUGAAGGUCUCCUGUGCUUCCUGCAUCUGUGACAGCCCAUGUUGGUCAGCUUGGGGUGAUGAUGGGAAUGUAAAUAAAGCUGGAGUUUUUUACACUG